AAAGUCAAUCUUGCUUCUAUGCACUUAGAGGGAAAAGCUGCUCAAUGGUUCCAAAACCUCAGCAAAAAAUGCGGGGACCUCUCUUGGGCACAAUUCCUGGAAUUUAUUUCUGCCAGGUUUGAGGAGCUUAAAGAGUCUAAGAUCAUUGGAGAAUUUAACAAACUCAGACAUUUAGGUUCUUAUGGGGAAUAUGUUGAAAAAUUAGAAGAACUCAAGGCUUGUAUGCUGUGUUUAAACAAGGACUUCACUGAGGAGUACUUUAUUGCAAGUUUCAUAAGUGGGCUUUCUGAAGAAUUGCAAUCAUUCAUCAAUAUGUUUCAACCAGUUACCCUACAGCAAACCAUUGAUUUGGGGAAGAAACAGUUGGUUACUUUAGAAGCCAUCACCAAAAAACUCAGAAACACCAACAAAACAUACACCAACAAUUACCCAUCUCCCAGGAAAAAUGAAUUCCCAUACAAUCAACAACCAAAAAACAACCAAAACCCCCAGAAAAAUCAAAUCAGGCUCCUAACACCUGCAGAAAUGGCUGCUAGGAGAGACAAAGGGCUUUGUUACAACUGUGAUGAACAAUACACUUAUGGUCACAGAUGCAAGCACAGACUCAAUUAUAUGGUGAUGACUGAGGAAGAGGAAGGGAAUUACCUGAAGAAGGAGGAGCCACCUGAGGAAGAAAACUUGGACACAAUGGAGGAAAUUCAAAUGUCUCUGAAUUCCAUAACAGGAGAAGUAGGCCUUACUACCAUGAGGGUGUGUGGUGGUACUGGGGAACACAAAUUACACAUCUUAAUUGAUUCAGGCAGUACCCUAAGUUUUAUACAAGCUAGCACAGCAGAGAAGCUACAACUACCUCUAAAGGCUGUAAAACCUAUAGCUGUGAGGGUAGCUAAUGGGCAGAGAAUGUUGAGUUCACAUAUAGUUGAUGGAUUCAAAUGGAAGAUGCAGGGUCACACUUUUUCUUAUCCUCUGAGGGUUCUGGAUAAUGAAGGAUGUGAUAUGAUCUUAGGUGGUGACUGGUUGAAGAGCUGCACCCCUGUGGAGCUAGAUUAUGAGAAAAUGCAUGUUGGUGUGAAUGUGAAAGGCAAAAGG